CUUCCGCCUUGCGUUGCCCAGGAAACCGCGCGGGGCCUCCGAAUUUUCCUCAAAUUGGCCCAAAAUUUCCUCAAAUUCGCCCAAAUUCUCCUCAAAUUCCCCCAAAAUCCCUUCAGGUGUCCCCCCGGUGUCCCUGCCAUGCUGACGCUGCCGCCCGGCCUGAGCGAGGAGGAGGAGGCGCUGCAGAAGCGAUUCGCGAAGCUGAGGAAGAAAAAAAAGGCGCUGCUGGCGCUGAAGAAGCAGCAGAGCUCGGGGGGGGGCAGCGCCCAGGGGGGCAUCAAACGAUCCAUGUCGGACCAGCCCCUGGACACGGCCACGGCCACCGAGCAGGCCAAGCUCUUGGUCAAGUCCGGCGCCAUCAGCGCCAUCAAGGCCGAGAACAAAAACUCGGGGUUCAAACGCUCCAGGACCCUCGAGGGCAAACUCAAGGACCCCGAGAAGGGCCCCACCCCCACCUUCCAGCCCUUCCAGCGCAGCGUCUCGGCCGACGACGACUCCCAGGAGUCGCGUCGCCCCCAGAGGAAAUCGCUGUAUGAGAGCUUUGUCAGCGCCAGCGAGCGGCUGCGGGAGCCCGAGGGGGGGGCGCGGGGGGAGCCCCCGGAGCGGGGGGGGGAGCGGGAGCGGCGCCUGGACUGGGAGAACGAGGGCGAGGCCGAGGAGCGGCGGGAGCGCGACGGAGCCUUCCGGAGGUCGGACUCGUUCCCCGAGCGCCGCCCCCCCCGCAAGGGGAACACUCUGUACGUGCACGGGGCCGAGCUGAGCCCGGAGCUGCUGCGCGGAGCCUUCGGCCCCUUCGGCGCCAUCAUCGACCUCUCCAUGGACACGCCCAGAAA